AUGUUUGAUGUGAUGGAUGAAUAUGAGCCAAAUAAAGAUAGUCCACGAUCCAAUGCAUUCAGCAAAAUCUUGACGGGGUCCUACUCAGACAACAUUAGCUAUAGCCCAUGUGGUGCUUCUCCAAAGACUCCAACAUCAGUUCUUCCCCAGUUUAUGGGUUCUCCUUCUUCUGGAGAAUUUACAAAUUUUUAUUGCUCUUCUCUUCUCCGAUCUCUGAGAGUUCAGUCACUUGGAAAAUUGAACCCCAUUGACAUAAAACGUCUCUCAUUCCACAUGUCUUCAAACCUGGAAACUCAAGACGGCAGCAGUUUGAACCGAAAGGACAAAGUGGAUGAUGAAACAAUGACAGAAGUGGAAAUAAAGGGCAAACCUAGGUUCGAAAGGAGCCAUUCAGAAGCAAGCAGCAAUUGCGAGGAACUGAUGUUUGAAAUGGAUGCAAGCAGCAAUUGUGAAGUGAAAAAAGCUGCUAACAUUGAGGAUCCCAGAGAUUACAGCCUCAAAAUUGGAAUGCCACAGGUUGCAGCAGCUGAGACCAUUCCAGUGAUCACAACUGAAGCCACGGAAUUGUUAACGCCACCAGCAGCAUUGUCAGCCAAUGCAUCACCAGUUCCACCAGCACAGCCACCCAUGUCCACACCGAUGAGGGUAGACGUUGUGGCAACACCAUCACUACCUUCUACUCCACCAUUGAAGCUGCAACCAGACGUAGCAAACCCACAGCCUCCACCUCCACUACCACCAUUCGGGCGUCAGCCAACAACUGUUACAGUGGCAAGCAUACCGCUUCCACCACCGCCACCACCUACUAUGUCAAGAACUGUAACAGCAGCACCACCUCCACCUCCACCACCAACAUCUACGGCAUGUGGAACUGCAACAGCAGCACCCCCGCCGCCACCUAUGUUAUUAGGAACUGGAACAGCAGCUCUAAUGCCACCACCACCACCACCACCUCCUCCUCAAACAUCAACUGCAAGAACAGGACCACCUCCUCCUCCACCACCCAUGAUGUCUUCAAAAGGAUCCAUGCCAUUGCCACCACCACCACCAAUGCCGCUCGGCAAUGGAGCUGCUCCACCACCUCCUCCACCACCCAUGAUGUCUUCAAAAGGAUCCAUGCCAUUGCCACCACCACCACCUAUGCCGCUCGGCAAUGGAGCUGCUCCACCACCUCCUCCACCUGGUGCAGCAAGAUCCUUACGCCCCAAGAAAGCACCGACUAAAUUGAAGAGAUCAAGUCAGAUGGGUGCUUUGUAUCGGGUUCUUAAGGGGAAGUUGGAAGGAGGAAAUCAACUUACUAAAUCACCUAGUGGAAGAAAGGGUCCAGCUUCGAGCAGUGCUGGUGGAAAGCAGGGAAUGGCUGAUGCACUGGCAGAGAUUACAAAGAGAUCGUCAUACUUCCAACAAAUUGAAGAAGAUGCUCAAAAGUAUGCGAAGGCAAUCACAGAGCUGAAGGCUGCCAUCAGUACUUUCAAAACAAAGGACAUGACAGAGUUGAUCAAGUUCCACAAGCAUGUUGAAUCCAUUCUUGAGAAAUUAACUGAUGAAACGCAGGUGCUUGCAAGGUUUGAAGCUUUCCCUCAAAAGAAGCUGGAAGCAUUAAGGACUGCAGCUGCCCUAGGCUCAAAGUUGAAUGGAGUAAUCUCUGAACUGCAAAAUUGGAAGGUAGAGCCUCCAUUAGGCCAGCUUCUUGACAAGGCCGAGCGUUACUUCAACAAGAUCAAAGGAGACCUUGACACCUUGGAGAGGACCAAAGAUGAAGAAUCCAAGAAAUUUCAAAGUCACAACAUUGAUUUCGACUUCCAUAUCCUUGUACAAAUCAAGGAAUCAAUGGUGGAUGUUUCUUCAAACUGUAUGGAAUUGGCACUCAAGGAGAGGAGGCUAGCAAAAGCAGUAGAGACAGCAGUAACUGGAACCAAAACUGAACCUAAAAAGGCUAGUGCUAAAAUGCUUUGGAGGUCUUUCCAGUUUGCGUACCGGGUUUAUAGCUUUGCUGGUGGACACGAUGAUCGUGCUGACAGGCUGACAAGAGAAUUGGCCCAUGAAAUAGAGACUGAUCCUCAUCAUCAAUGA